ACCUGCAGUAGAUCCUUAAGAGUUAACAGAUCCAAAGCAUAGAAGAUGGUUGCUUCCUACGUGGUGGUGUUGUUCCUGCUAAUUGAGCUGCUCAUCAGUGGUGCAGAGGCUUUAAGUAUGGAUUACUACAUGAUGAGCUGCCCUUUCAUGGAUCAAAUAGUGAGGAACACAGUGAAUCAAGCUCUGAGACAGGAUCCCACUCUGGCUGCGGGGCUUCUGAGACUGCACUUCCAUGACUGUUUCGUCCAGGGAUGUGAUGCGUCCGUUCUCAUCGAUUCCACGGAGGAUAACACUGCAGAGAAGGACUCUCCUGCAAACCUAAGUUUACGUGGCUAUGAGGUCAUAGACACGGCAAAGAAAUCCAUCGAGGAUCAAUGUCCGGGAGUCGUCUCAUGUGCCGAUAUCGUCGCAGUGGCAGCUAGAGAUGCCGUUUUCUGGGCUGGUGGCCCCUUCUAUGAGAUCUCGAAAGGGAGAAAGGAUGGGAGAAGGUCCAAAAUAGAAGACACGGUCAACCUUCCUGCCCCCACCCUCAACAGCACAGCCCUCAUCAAGGUGUUUGAUCAGCAUGGGUUUGAUGCACGGGAGCUGGUGGCUUUGUCUGGUGCGCACACUCUGGGCGUUGCGAGGUGUGCGUCGUUCAAGAACCGGCUGAGCAACUUCGACUCCGCCAACGACGUCGACCCGACGCUGGACUCGAGCUUCUCGAGGACGCUGUCGAGAGCGUGCAGCGCCGGCGACGACACGCAGGUGCCGUUCGACAGGACCAGGAACUCCUUCGACACCGGCUACUUCAACGCGCUGCAGAGAGGCAUGGGGCUGCUCUCCUCCGACCAAACCCUGUUCACCGACCCUCGCACGCGGCCCGUCGUCAGCGGCUACGCCGCCAACGUGGCCAUGUUCUUCCUCGACUUCCAGCAGGCCGUCAUCAAGAUGGGCUUGCUUGAUGUCAAAGAUGGCAGCCAAGGAGAGGUUCGGCUCCACUGCCGCAGGGUCAACUGAUGCGACUGCCUGAGUUCAUGUAACCUUGAGCUGUAGCUGUGUUUGAAUACUGUAGUAUGAGCGGAAGUUAUCUGCAUCAAGCUAUACUACAGAUAGAGACUUACGUAUCAUACAUGCUGUUCUGU